CGGGGCGUUGCCGAGAUGGUCAUGGCGGAGGGUACAGCAGUCCUGAGGAGGAACCGUCCAGGAACCAAGGCAAAGGAUUUUUACAGCUGGCCCGAUGAGUCCUUAGAGGAGAUGGACAGCACUCUGGCAGUGCAGCAGUACAUCCAACAGAACAUUCGCUCCGACUGCGCCAACAUCGACAAGAUCCUGGAGCCUCCCGAGGGCCAAGAUGAGGGCGUUUGGAAAUACGAGCACCUGAGACAGUUUUGUCUGGAACUGAACGGCCUUGCUGUUAAAUUACAGGGAGAAUGCCAGCCUGACACAUGCACACAAAUGACCGCUACAGAGCAGUGGAUCUUCCUAUGUGCUGCACAUAAAACCCCUAAAGAGUGUCCCGCUAUCGACUACACGAGACACACGCUGGACGGAGCCGCCUGCCUUCUAAACAGCAACAAGUAUUUUCCCAGCCGGGUGAGCAUAAAGGAGUCAUCGGUGGCAAAGCUGGGCUCGGUCUGCCGCCGCAUCUACAGGAUAUUCUCCCACGCUUACUUUCAUCACCGCCAGAUAUUCGACAAGUAUGAGGAUGAGACCUUCCUGUGUCACCGUUUUACUCGAUUUGUAAUGAAAUAUAACCUGAUGUCGAAGGACAAUCUCAUCGUGCCCAUUCUGGAGGAGGAAGUGCAGACUGCUGGCUCUGCCGAGAGUGAUGCCUGAGGAUACACACGCACAUGCUCGCACACACACACACACACACACACACGCUGUACAAGUUCAUGCAAAAUUGUUAACAUUUUUUGUAUCGACGCUAACAUAUUUUUUGUGAAUCAAUGCUAGUGGUUGCCCUUACACAGGAUCUCAUUUUCGCACACCACCACUAGCCACCUUCAUUUAUCAUCGGCGGUGUUAGGAUUCUUUGAGUGAGGUCUUCGGUUAACAUGUCAUAUUGCUAACAUAAAGUACCUCACCCAUAUAAAUGCACAGCCUCAUCUGUAACACAUUGUUUUGCAUCAUUGUGUUCAUCUCAAAUGAGACCUUAUAAAGGCCAAACUCUUCU